CGCUGGGGACUGAGCCUAGGUGGUACGCGCUCUAUCAGUUGAGGCACGGGAGCGCCCCCGAAUAAAAAUGUAUUACUCGUAGAAUCUGAGGUGUGGACACGCUGGACACGUUAUAUUUUGAAAAGAUUUAACCGGAUAUUUUACUUGUUGACUGACAUUUCGAACUAGCUUGAUGACUGUGCCCUGCUUCCAUCUACAGUGAAAACACACAGCUUGAGAUCAGGACUAAUGGAGACAACAGAAGUUUGUGAGAUUGAUGUGGCGACCAGAAGAAUAGUGGGAGGCAGUGAUUCUCCGCCAGAGCUGGACAGCCCGUGUCAGGAGGAGGCUGCAGAGUUUGAUUUGGGGCUGUGCUGUGCUGAGGAGGAGAGGGGGGAAACUCCAGGCAGAGAGGACAGUCCCAGUGAUCUGGGGGAGGCAGAGCUUGAUCCUGGAGGAGACCACAAGACUGGAGAGGACAAGGCUUUUGGGAAGGAGGUCGUUCUGUUGAUGCAGGCCCUGAACUCCCUCGCCACUCCUGAGGAGAAACUCGCUGCUUUGUGCAAGAAGUAUGCCGACCUGCUUGAGGAGAGCCGCUGCAUGCAGAAGCGGUUGAAGGCCUUGCAGAAGAAGCAGUCUCAGAUUGUGAAGGAGAAGAUCCACCUGCAGGGGGAGCACAGCAAGGCCAUCCUAGCCCGCAGCAAGCUGGAGAGCCUCUGUAGGGAGCUGCAGAGGCACAACAAGACGCUGAAGGAGGAGAACGCGCAGCGGUCCAGGGAGUACGAGGAGCAGCGGAAGGAGGCCAUGCUGCACUUCCAGAUGACCUUAAGUGAUAUUGAGGUGCAGAUGGAGCAGCACAGCUCCCACAACACCAAGCUGAGGCAGGAGAAUAUGGAGCUGGCUGAGAAGCUCAAGAAGCUCAUAGAGCAGUAUGAGCUCAGAGAGGAGCACAUAGACAAGGUGUUCAAGCACAAGGAGCUGCAGCAGCAGCUGAUGGACGCCAAGCUGCAGAGAAUCACAGAGAUGAUGAAAGAAGUGGAGGACAAGCAGCAGAGAGAGCGCGACUUUCUGCUGAAGGACGCCACAGAGUCCAGACGCAAGUGUGAGCUGAUGAAGGAGCAGGAGACUCAGCUCAAACAGCAGCUCUCCCUGUACAUGGACAAGUUUGAGGAGUUCCAGAGCACUCUGGCUAAAAGCAACGAGGUCUUCACCACUUUCAGACAGGAGAUGGAAAAGAUGACCAAGAAGAUCAAGAAGCUGGAGAAGGAGACGACUCAGUGGAAGACAAAGUGGGAGAGUAACAACCAGGCCCUGCUGCAGAUGGCUGAGGAGAAAACGCUGCGUGAUGGCCACUUCAAGGCCCUGCAGGGGAAGCUGGAGCUGCUGGAGCGACUUUGCAGAGCUCUGCAGAAGGAGAGGAACGACCUCAACAACCGACUCAGCCUCCUGCAGGAGCAGGAAGACAAAGGGACCACAGCUCCUCCUGAGGCUGAACGACAAGAGGAGGAGGAGGAAGAGGAGGACGAAGAAGAAGAAGAAGGCGGCUGCUCAGCACAGGGCGACAGGCAGGAGGCGGAGGGCAUCCACCAAGCUCCCAGACCACCUGAAGUGGAUUCUUCUACCAACAAAACCACUACUGCUACGAUGAUGAUGACGACAAGCAGCCAGCCUGCAGAGAUGACCACACAGCAGGACUGAGCGGGCCUACAUGCUCUCUCUCUCUCUCUCUCUCUGUGUGUGUGUGUGUGCGUGCGUGCGUGCGUGCGUGCGUGUGAGAUGAAAAUAUAACUAUCAAAGGUCCUGAAGUCUGCCCACGUUUUGAUUGGUUUUAAUGAUUGGCUUUGUGACGAGCACUUCGUACUCCCUUUUCUACCACAACUGUAUUUUCAUAGGAAAUGUUCAAGCAGUUCAAAGUCAGAUUGCCUGUUUAUUUCUCUCUUUUCAAGAACCCUCCCUGUAGUUUCACUCAUCAUCAUGGGAGUGUAUCACAUGCAUCUUCUCAUCAGUUAAUUUGUGUUAAUGAAGCCUCACAGUCACAACGUGAUGUGAAAGCUGAGGAGCUGCAACAGGAAGUAGGACGUAGUUUAGGCUACAGUAUCUCUACAGAAUCUGUGUUGGUCAGUGGGUAUUCAAUGAUUGAUCAUAUAUUUUAACAUCGAUAUGUUUUUAUUUAAUUUGAGUCGAAGCAAAAAUGAUUCCUAAAACAGGUGAUGCUGGUAAGGAGGUGCGGAACAAGUGAAAACCUUCCACUCUGUUUCUCAGAUGCUUCAGUGUCUGAUUAUAACUGCACUGCUCACUGCACUCCUCUAGUCAUCUAUCUGGUUUUGGAAAAAUCCCAGCAUCACUCAAACUUAAGAAAUUGAUCCAUAAAAUGAAAGAUUUUUUAUUUUAUGGGUUGCUGGCGACUAACAUGAUGAUACUCAGUGAAUGUAAAGUGCUAAAUGUGUCGCUUGAUUUAAAUCUUCACUUCAGCAUUUUUUUUUGAUUUCCACAACAGGGUCGACAGACAGGAGCCUUUGUCCGCUCACACUAAUGAUUUCAUGUAAAUUAUGACAAUUUAUUACAUCAGAGGAACAGGCCUCAUCCUUUUUGAAACUUUACACUGGAAGAAAAGUGUGAAUUUCUUUUCUAAUGCAUUUGAAUAAAAAGAUGUUGAUUUCCAGCAGUGAUGCAAAUUAAUAGGAGCUCUUUCAGGAGCGGCUGUUCUGGUUCAUGAGUAGAGUUCUGAUGUGGUGACUGUAGGAAGUCUGUCAAGAUGGGGGUCAUAUCAGGUUCUGGAUCUUGCUUUAUACUGUGGGAUUGUGUCUCUGCUUCGUGUUUGAUGCAUAGCUCACACUCUAACAUCCUCUCUGCUCAUGUUCAUCUUUGAUUUUAUUGGGACCACAUUGUCAAAUCAAACCUCACCCGCUCCAUUACACAGGUCACUUAUAGUUCCAAUAUCCUGAACAUAGCACCUGAUUCCAUGGUGGUCUGCUCACUUCUUGAUUGGCUGGGUAUAAAACACUGGAGUGAUCCAAGAUCAGCAUUUUUUAUAACUCUGUUUUCCAUUUGCUUUGAGAUCAUGUGUUGGCUAAGAGCUUUGUUUAACCUGUUCUACAGUCAUCUCUCUGUCCUGUCUGAACACACUAUAUUGUAACAUCAAUGAGCGUUAAAGGGGUAGUGACAAAUAAUUUUCCUUAAACAUGUACAUAGACCCUCCCCUGACCUUUCUAAUGUCCUGCUCCUUUUGUGUUUAUCUCCACAUGACGAGGACUUAAAAACAAACAGGUAGAGUGUCAGGCAGAGAACAGUUCCUGUCACACUCUGAGAUGGGCAAAUGCUUUUCAGCGUCUGUUAACUGUUUCUUUGGCGUUGUCCCAGAUUGACUCUCAGGUAAUGUCAGAAUCUACCUCUGUAGGUGAGACUAACUGUGAAAGAAGAGGCACGAGUCACCAUCGCUUCAGAGAGCUUUAUUUUUACUAAAAGAAGCCCACACCCCCUGAUUGUACCUGUCUUUCUUUUCAAUAAAUAUUUUGUAGAAUUUGCA